AUGGGAUCGAACAAGAGAAGCACGUACUCAUACAAGUUCAAAGAUCCUAAAUUAGACGUUCUACAAGAAUUGGGUUUUCAGCUCCAUCCAGUCUACAAGAUCAACUUUAGGAAGGAUUAUGGCAAUCUGCUCAGUCUCUUGAACAAAGAAGCAGACCCACUGGGGCUUUUGACCUUGGCCCAGUUCUAUGAUUCACCAAUGAGAUGUUUCACCUUCCAGGAUUUUCAAAUAGCACCAAUGUUGGAGGAAUUUGAACAUCUUGUUGGUAUUCCCAUAGAAAACAAACUUCCAUUUAUGGGUGUCGAAGGGAUCUUGGAACAUGAAGUUAUAGUUGCUGCCCUUCACAUGCAUAAGAAGGAGGUUACUGCAAACCUGGGAGUGAAAGGAAAUACCAAAGGGUUUCCACUCAAUUUUCUUAUAGAGAGAGCUUACACCCUGUUGGAGGCCCAAAGUUGGGAGGCUUGCUACGCUAAUAUUGCCUUGGCUAUUUAUGGAAUCGUUUUGUUCCCAAACUUUGAUGAUUUUGUAGACAUGACUGCCAUUUGCAUCUUCCUCACGAAGAAUCCAGUGCCUACCCUUCUUGCUGAUGUGUUAUAUUAUCUGAAUUGGAGAAGUGCAAAGAAGGGGGGAAUGGUUUCUUGUUGUGCCCCUCUAUUGUACACAUGGUUGCAAACCCAUCUUCCAAAUAGAGGUGCCUUUGUGGAUCAGAAGGAUGCUAGUUGGCCCCAUAGGUUGGGAUCACUCCUAUCCAACGAUAUUUCCUGGUACUCUAGGGAGUAUGAUGGUACAUAA